CGUUUUUGAGUCAAUUCAAAUGCAGUAUACAAAGCAAGCUAAUUGAAACCGUGCAUCCGAUUCAAGCAAUUUGUAAGCUAAUUGGAUAUGCGAUGACAAACAUAGUUUAGAAUAUUGGAACAAACUGUAUCAAAUUAUAGAAAACAAUACAACAGGAUUUUGCAAAUAUAACUCUUUGAGUAAAUAUGGUGUUAGAUUUGAGUUUUCUGACCAACGAUGAGAUCUUGCACUUACAAUCUGUUUUGAAUCGUGAAAAAGCGUUUUAUAACAAGAUCAACAGAACGAGAGUGGUAUGGUCUCGUAUCUCAUCCGAUGACGUCAUUAGAACUGAGUUUAGUAACAAGAAACGUGUUCCCUUCGUACCUGCUUCACAAAUUGUUUUAAAUGCAUUAAAAGAAAUUCCAUAUCGUGAUGAUGAAAAGUUGAGCAAGUCUAUAUCUCAUACAAUAUGCUCAAAUCAACUUUUAAAUGAAGAAGUGGACAAACAAAGUGAAGAUGAUAAGAAUCCAGCAGAAGAAAUGCCUUGUAAUGACGAUACACAUGAUGCAAUAAAACUACCUUAUACACCAGCUGCAGUAGAAGAAGGAAAUGUUAAGGUAACCAGCAACGUCGAUAUGGUUUGUCCAGCACGAGAAGUAAACGAAAUUGAGUUGCAAGAUAUUGAAGUAGGGCAGGAAAGUUUCGCGUACUGUGCAAAGCCCGGCAUACAGCAAGGAGUAUCUGAUGGAAAUCCAACGCCAACAAAAGUCAAACCAAAGUCAGUUACACCAACAAAGCCUCUGUUUGAAUCUGCCACAGUGUCUAAUAUUCUAUGGUGUUUACCAAAACCAGUCACAACUAAACUUUCAACAGCCGAGAAGCACAUUCCUCCUAAAGUAAUGAUGUACGACAUGACUACGACACCACCGAAGUCAAAUUCUCGAAAACCGUCCUCUGCUGUUUUGGAUUUUACCAACGAAAAACACGUACCAGAUGUAAUCAAGCCGACAAAAUGUAACUUCAACCAAUACUCACCGGAAAGCUCAAUCUCUACUCCAAACACUAAACAUUCGAAAUCACCUAAAAAAAGUCAAAACAGUAGGCGUUCUUCUUCUAAAUCUACACCUGAAAAGCCCAGCACACCGCAGAAAUAUUCACCAAUAUCAGCAACUGCAGUAUCUCCUGUCCAAUCUAACCAGCUAAACUCCUCGCCUACAUGGAGCUCUCCCAGUGAAGCUGCAUCCGAGGUUUUCUUUGCAGCAGAAGAUUCGCCAUUUGCAAGAGGGACAUCAGUAAAGAAUGAAUUCUCAUCGUCUUACCAGAGGUCACGCACAGCACCUAAACGCAUGUCUUCGCUUCAAUUCACAUUUGGGGAAACGCUUUCCCAAGGAGACACAUUUAGCUCUCAAUUUGAAGAUGAGCCGAAGAUAUUCUCGUCAGAGCAAGAAACAAGUUUCAAGUCACAAGAAGAUGACUCUCGUUCGCUUGGCUCGGUUUCUGUCAUUCAAGACGUAAAGCUUGACGUUCUUGGUUGUGCAGGAGAACUGAUUGUUUCUUUGACAUAUUACCCAGCUAAUUCCAUGUAUAAACGGACACAGUGUCCACUGAAAGGAACACGUAACCCUGAAGAUCCUAAUACGGACGUUAUCUCUCGAAGAAGCUAUGUAACUUCUACGGGCUCCCGUUUACCAGUACAUAGAUUAUCCGAAAGUGGGGCAGCAGAAGCGGAUGAUUCUGAGUUACGUUUGAAAAUUGUUGGAGCUAAUCAAUUGAAGCUUCCAGGACAUAUUAAACGAAAUAAGUCUAAGACGUACGUGAAGUGCUACAUGUUACCGGAUAAAUCGCACAGGUCGAAAAUGAGAAGCACAAUUAUUAAGUCAACCAACAGCCCACGAUACAAUCACAACUUUGUAUUUCGCGGAUUUAACAAGUCGGAAUUGAUGGAGAGAUGUAUUGAGAUAAUGGUGGUUGGUGUUGGUUCUGCUGGAUCAAGAAGAAAGUCAAACACCGUUGGUGGGAUUCGAUUGUCCUCGGGAGAGCGUAAACAUAUCGGUAAACCUGCCGAGUGGAUGGACUCUAAUGCGGAAGAACGAGAGUUGUGGAUGAAGUCGUUGUCAGCACCUGGGAUGGAAACAAUUUCAAUAAUUCCUCUUCGAUCUCAUAUAAAACCAACAUAUAAAUAGAUGUAUAUAGUAGGGUGGGACAGUUUUUUUUAUAUAUAUUUUAUCGUUCUAUUUGGUAGUAAACAAAGAAUGUUUACAUACUUAUACAGUUGUAUCAUAGUAUACUGAAGUGAUCACUUCAGUAUACUAUGGUUGUAUUCUCACGACACCUAAAAAGGUAUUAAUUGUUAAAAUGCGAUUAGGAAAUAUGGGAUAUUAUGUGCUAACGGUAUCUACCUUACCCCACAGUAUUAUAUUAUUAUAUCGAGUCUUACGCUGUAUAUAUCCAUGUUGCCGUUAUCAUGUACAACAGUUACUGCUGAUGUACAAAUCCAAUAUUGCUGUAAUAUGUCUCAAUUGCUGCUGCAUGUUUGAUUAUAUGAUCUUUUAAAGUUUUGUAGGCUCUUAUAGUAGUUUAGUGUAACCCGAAACAGAUUUUAAAACUGGUAAACACCUGCUGCUCCCUAUAUAUAAAAUAUUCUUUUUGUAUAUUAAUCUAUCUCGAAACCAAAAUGAACACAAGUCCACCGCAAUGUAAAUAAAAUUUUAUGUACAUUCA